AUCAAUUGAGAGUGUUUGUUGUCACAAGUAUGUGAAAUACGCUGCGAAGAUUAAAACAUUUUUUUUGUCAUAAAGAACGUUUUGUAAGUAAAGCCAACAAGUAACUGUUUUUGUUCUGUUUUUUUAUGAAACAUGUCCGAAACAUCGAGCAUGGGGAGUUUAGAAAGUGCUGCUACAAUGCAACAUAAACAAGGCAACAAUAACAAUUGCAACAAUAGCAAUAACAAUGCAGGCGAUUAUCCCGAUGCGAUAGCGUCCAUUGAACUAUUGCGCCAGCACACGCAACGUCUGGCGACGCGGUUGCAGCGGACACAUCAGGAGAUGAGCAGUCAACAACAACAAGCUGUCGACUUUCCGCUGAUCGAGCGACAGGCGCAGCAAUUUAUGCGAACCUUUAUCGCUGCCAAGCCACAGGUGGCGCUACAAGCUGCUCCUAUACAACAACAACAACAUCAACGGCAGAACAAUAUUCAAGCUGUUCCAGUGCCGCUGCAAGUGUGCUUGCCUGCAAAUCACUUCCAGAACUCCAAAUAUGUGCCGCCUUCCCAUCGUAACGCGAACUCACAGCAGAUACAACAACAGCAGCAACAGCAACCACAACAGCAGCAGCAGCAGAUGCAGCAACAACAACAACAACAGCAAAAGAAAGCCAAGCGUAAACAAAAAACGCGCGAGGAGCUGAGCGAACAAGUGGAUACGCUGACACAGCAGGUGACAUCGCUUAAGGAGCUGGUGCUAGAGCUAAGUAAAUGGCAUCCGGAUGUGGAAUAUUACGCCGAUUUGCUGAUCAAGAACAAUGUGGUGCUCUCCCUGAUGCCAUGGCCACACUUGGGCAAUCGACAACAGGGAGGACAGCGUUCGCGUCAUGAGUCCGAAGUGUCCAGCACCACGAGCAACAGCAGCGCUUCUUUGUCACAACCACAGCAAUCGAGUGGCACUGAUAAUGGAGCUGCUCCAUCGCCUCGCCAGAAACGGACGCGGUAUCGCAAGAAGCAGCGCAACGAGAAGCAGCCACCGCGUUCCAUGAAAACGGAGCUGGAUGCCAUGCGUGGCUAUAUCAAUCGCAUUGUGCAACAAUAUGCGGGCAGUGACGCACAGCUGCCGCCAGAGCUGAUCUUCAAGGGAGACUUUGGUGAUCUUGAGGCGCAUGCACAACGCUUGGUGACUGCUGGCUAUGGCCGGAUUGUGGAGGAUGAGAUACGCGUGAAUCGCAAGAACAAUCGUCAGGCAUUCAUCUCGAUGUCCACGGAUCGCGAGACGCUCGAUCGCGAUGGCAUUGUGUUGUUGCCGGUGGCACGUCGUUAUGCCUUCGAUGGCGACACGGUGCGUGCCUUUGUCAUGAAUCCAGGAGCAACGGUGGCGCGCCCAAAUGAUGCAGCACUUGACAACAUCACAGGUGGCAAGGCUUCGUUGUCGCUGGCUGAUGAUGAGGAGCCGUCGGAGGAGACGGAAUCACAGGAUACAGAUGAUGAGAAUGUGGUGGUCAUCUCAUCGGACAAUUGUCCCAAGGCCUUUGUCAUUUCAAUCGUGCGUCAAACGGAACUGCGUCAAAUUGUGGGCAACAUUUCGUUCACCAAUCCCAGCAAACUGUGCGAGAAUGAGAACACCGAAGAGGAGCCGCAGCUCUUCUACAAGUUUCGUCCCUUUGAUCUACGCAUGCCUAUGCUGUACAUCUCUCAGACUAGUUGCGCCAGUCACAUGGCCAACAAGCAACCUGAUGAGAUUUGUGGACUGCUUUAUGUGGCGCAUGUCUUGGAAACCGAUUGCAAUGGUCAUUGCAUUGCUGAGCUGGUGCAGCCCGUGGGUCGUGUGGGCAAUCUGGAUGAUGAACUGAAGGCCAUACUCUUUCACAACAAUCUGCGCGACAUUGUGCCCUUCGAGGAGCGAUUCAAUGAGAUGUAUGCCCAGCCAGCGGCUCCUCUCGGAUCGGAUGAUCUGUUGAAUCGCUUGGAUAUGCGCAAGCGAUGCGUAUUUACCAUUGAUCCGUUGACAGCACGUGAUCUGGACGAUGCCAUGUCCAUCGAGCAGCUGGCGGAGAACGAAUUCGAGGUGGGAGUGCACAUCUCGGAUGUGGCGCAUUAUCUGCAGGAGAACAGCGAGCUGGACAACAUUGUCAAAGAGCGUUCCACAUCGAUAUAUCUGGCCAACGAGGUCAUUCACAUGCUGCCGAAACCUUUGUGCUUCCGCUGCUCAUUGCUCCCAGGCGAGGACAAGUUCUCGUUCUCGGUGUUUUGGCGUAUGGAUGGCAAUGGCAAACAGUUGACGCAGCCACGUUUCACACGCUCUGUGAUCAAUUCGUGUACGCAAUUUGCCUACGAACAUGCCCAGAAGAUUAUCGAUAAUCCGCAGGAGAGUUUCACCGCUGAUGAUUUUCCCAACAUACUCAACGGCUUCAGUGUCAACGAUGUGGUGCAGCGUGUGGCCUGGUUGAAUGGCAUUGCGAGGAAUAUGCGUGCGCAGCGCUUUGAGAACGGAGCACUCACUAUCAACAAUGCCAAGGUGCGUUUCACACUCGAUCCGCAGAGCGGUGAACCGAUUGGCUUUGAGGUGGAGAAACUGCGCGAAGCGAAUCACAUGAUUGAGGAGUACAUGCUGUUGGCCAACCAAGCGGUGGCUCGAUUCAUACAUGAUGCCUAUCCCAACAUCUCUGUGCUGCGCAAUCAUCCGCCACCGUUGACCAAAUCGUUGAAGUCGCUGCGCGAAAAACUUCUCGCCCAGGGCUUGGACUUGGAUUAUGGUUCGUCGAAGGCGCUGCACGAGAGCAUGUUGCGUUUGUGCCGCGAGGCUGCCGAUCCAGUGGCCAUGUCUGCCUGCCUUAGCCAGCUGCUCAUGAAGCCCAUGGCGCGUGCCAACUACUUUUGCAGCGAGGGCAAAACACUGCCAAGUGAUCUGUGGCAUUAUGCAUUGGCCAUUCCCAUCUAUACGCACUUCACCAGCCCCAUUCGACGUUAUCCCGACAUCUUGGUGCAUCGUCUUUUGGCCGCUGCUCUCAAUUACUGCCCAGCACCUGGACGCACUUGCGAUGAGCUGGCGAAGCUCACGAAAAUCGCCAACGAACGCAAAUUCAAUGCGAAACAAGCUGGCGAUGAUUCCAGCAAUCUGUUCUUUAAACGCUAUGUGAGCAAUCGCCAAGCGAUCUACAUGCGUGCCGUUGUCAUUGAGAUCUUCCAGCACAUGAUGAAUGUGGUUACCUUGGAGUCGGGACAUGUGAUUAGUAUUAACUAUAAGAUGCAACGUGUGCUCAUCGAUAUGCACAAUGCACCCAAUCACAUUCUUGUCGCCGAGCACAACAUGAAACAGCCGCCCUACAAGCUACAAUUGCUCUCCGUUGUGCCCAUUCGUCUGAUCAUCUGGGAUGGCAAACUGACGGGUUUUCUGCUCACUGCCGAUCAGCGGCAGAAGGGACCAAGCAUGGAGCAUCCGGGUGUUAGUAAUAACAAUAAUAGUAAGCGACAAUUGCAGCCGCAACGUAACAAUUACAACCAUAAAACUGCCAAGAAUCAACUUGUGAAGCAUGCUCAGCAGCAGCAGCAACAACAUAAUCAGGAGCAACAGCAGCGUCGUCAUCAGCAGCAGCAACAACAGCAACGCAUCUUUGCUUUGCGCAAGAAUAGUUCUUAAACUCCUCUCAAGAAAAACAACAACAACCAAUGAACAACAAACCUCUCAAAAUCGGCAAAUAGAUCAUACAUAUAUAUAUUCAUUUAGUA